CCCAGUGGACGCGGCCCCGCGGGCGAGCCAUGCACCGGGCCGGACGGCUGCUGGGCGGCUGCGCGCGCGCGAGCAGGUCCGCGAGCAUGGCCGGCUCCGCGGCGACCCGCCGGCCCGCGCUGGAGAACAAGGUGGCCCUGGUGACGGCCUCCACCGACGGGAUCGGCUUGGCCAUCGCGCGGCGUCUGGCGCAGGACGGGGCCCACGUGGUGGUCAGCAGCCGGAAGCAGCAGCACGUGGACCGCGCCGUGGCCUCGCUGCGGGCCGAGGGGCUGAGCGUGGCGGGCACCGUGUGCCACGUGGGGAAGGCCGAGGACCGGGCGCGCCUGGUGGCCACGGCUGUGAACCUUCACGGGGGGAUUGACAUCCUCGUCUCCAAUGCCGCCGUCAACCCCUUCUAUGGGAACCUGAUGGACGUCACCGAGGAGGUGUGGGACAAGAUUCUGGACAUCAACGUGAAGGCCGCAGCCAUGAUGACCAAGGCAGUGGUGCCAGAGAUGGAGAAACGGGGAGGGGGCUCCGUGGUGCUCGUGGGCUCCAUAGCGGCCUUCUUCCCGUUUUCCGGCCUGGGCCCUUACAACGUGAGUAAGACGGCCCUGCUGGGCCUGAACAAGAACCUGGCCAUCGAGCUGGCCCCCAAGAACAUCCGCGUCAACUGCCUGGCGCCGGGACUCAUCAAGACCAGCUUCAGCAGCGUGUUUUGGAUGGACAAGGCACGGGAGGACACCGUCAAAGAAAAAAUGAAUAUUAGAAGAAUAGGCAAGCCGGAGGAGUGUGCAGGCAUUGUGUCUUUCCUGUGCUCUGAAGAUGCUAGCUAUAUCACUGGGGAGACCGUGGUGGUGGGGGGAGGCGCCCGGUCUCGCCUCUGAGGACCUGCAGACAGCCCACGGCCGCCGCAGAGGUUGAUUCCGGUCCCCAUUCGUGGGCGAGCUGCAGAUCUGGCCCUCCCCACCUCUGCCCCUUGCCCUGCCCACCCCAUCCAAUCAGUUCUGCCCGUGCUAAGGUCCAGCCUUCCCGGCUUCGAGGUAGGAGGAGGCUUUCCACUGUUGCCAUGGCCCUGGGUAGAGGCCUCCCCUGAAAGCGCAGCGAGUCUGCUGGAAGGAUGCUUCUUCCUCUGCGAAGCUCAAGUUCGUUGUCUAUUGUUUUGUUGGGUUGUUUUUCCCCUGGAUCUCUGGGGAAAUUGGGGGGAAAUGUGGGAGAGAGGGAACCUGGAGUGGGAGGAAGCCGGGUUGGAAAUUAACAACUUGCAAAUGAAGUGCAAAUAAAGUGCAGAUGAUCGC